CAGCGGGGACGAAGUUGAGAAGCCCCGCAUCGGAGACCGCUGAUAUGGAAACUUUGAUUUUAUUGUGCGCCAUCAUCCUGUGCUGCAGCCCACUCGGAUUUGCGCAGGAAGACGACCCUAAAUUCGAGGAUGAUAUUAUUUUCAGUGAUUUGAAUGUAGAUUUGAAUGUUGCGCCGCGCAGGGAACGUCGCCAAGUGAAGACCAUGCUGACGAAGGAGACUAAGCCACAUAUGACAGAACUGUCGGUAAAGACCACCAUCAUCUCCCGGUACGCGUUUACAGCCGUGUACUGCAGGAUGUUCAACCGGCACUUAUCUGCUGCAGAGGGAACGUUUCAUUUCCAGAUUCCUGUGGCCGCCUUUGUUUCCAACUUCACCAUGAUAGUGGGGGGCCGGGUGUUCCCCAGCCAGAUCAGGCCCAAGGAGAAGAAGGCCAAGCAGGGCAAGGACGACCAGAAAGAGCCCCCCACGGGCAAGCCCAAGGACCAAGCCUCCAACAACCAGAGUGAGGGUGACAUGGAAACCUUCAAGAUGGUGGUGAAGAUUCCCGGCCGUAACUUUGCCGUGUUCAUGCUCACCUUCGAGGAGCUGCUGCAGAGGCGAUUGGGCUACUACGAGCAUGUGACCAGCGUGCGGCCGCUCCAAUUGGUCAGCCGCCUGAGCGUGGAGGUCACCAUCGUGGAGCACUCACCCGUCUCACACCUGGAGGUUCUUCCUCUACGCAAUGGCAAAACCUCCAGCGGUAAUGCAGAUGGUAAGGUCGCGCUGCCUAUUUCCACGGUGAUCCAGCGGAACAACAGCUUCUGUAGGGUCAAGUUCAACCCCAGCAUCGUCCAGCAGGCUCGGCUGACCACCACGGGCAAUCUGGGAGACUUUGUGGUGCGCUACGAUGUGGAGAGAGAGAUGGGCAUAGGAGACAUCCAGGUGUUGGAUGGUUAUUUCGUUCACUACUUUGCCCCCAGAGAUCUCCCGGUGGUGCCCAAGAACGUGGUGUUUGUCAUCGACACCAGCGCCUCCAUGCUCGGAACCAAGAUGAGACAGACUAAGGAGGCGCUGUUCACCAUCCUGCGGGACCUGGGUCCUGACGACCGCUUUAACUUCGUCUCCUUCUCCAACCGCGUGCGUGUGUGGCAGCCUGGCAAGCUGGUGCCCGUCACACCCCUGAACGUGCGCGACGCCAAGAAGUUCAUCUACAUGGUCACGCCCACAGGAGGAACUGACAUCAACAGUGCCAUCCAAUCAGGCUCCUCCCUGCUCAGCGACUUCCUGUCCAGCCCCGAGGCGGCGUCCAAUCACAACUCGGUGUCUCUGAUCAUCUUCCUGACGGACGGGCGGCCCACGUCGGGCGAGCUGCAGACGGCGAGCAUCCUGGCCAACGCGCAGCGGGCGGUUGGCGAGCGCUUCUGCGUCUUCACCGUCGGCAUGGGCGACGACGUGGACUACCGGCUGCUGGACCGCAUGGCGCUGGAGAACUGCGGCACCAUGAGGAGGAUCCCCGAGCAGGCCGACGCUCGCUCGCUCCUCAAGGGGUUCUACGACGAGAUCGGCACGCCGCUGCUGUCGGACAUCCAGGUGGAGUACCAAGAGGACCAGGUGGAGUACGUAACGCAGCACCUGUUCACCAACUACUUCAACGGCUCCGAGAUCGUCAUCUCGGGCAAGCUGACCAAUCGCAGCGCGGACACGCUGCACGUGCAGGUCACCGCCAGCAACAGCGACCGCAGCAUCGUCAUGGAGAAGGACGUGCCGCUACGGCAACGGCAGAUGGAGAUGGAGCGCAGGAUGAAGGCGGCCGGGCUGCCUACGGGAACGGGACUGGACGCAGUCAGAGCACAGAUCUUGGCUGGGGCAAUGGGAACGGGACUGGACGCAGUCAGAGGUAUAGUUACGAGCUCAGGAACAGCCACAACAACCGGCAGACCCACCGGUGCCGACUCAAACAGAGGAACUCAGACAGAUGCUAACGCAAACGCCAAACCGGGUGCCAACGCCAAACCGGGUGCCAAUGGCAAACCAGGUGCCCAUGGCAGACCAGGUGCCCAUGGCAGACCAGGUGCAGACGCAAACACCAACGGCAAAUCGGACAGGAAAGCAGACGCAAAGGCGGAAUCAGACGGGAAAGCAGACGUAAACGGGAACGCCGACGGGAAGGCCGCCACCAACGCGUCGGAGGGCAGUCCGGGCUACGUGGAGCGCCUGUGGGGCUUCAUGAGCGUGAAGGACGGGCUGCGUUCGCGCAUGCGCAGCCACACGAGCCGCGAGCGCGACGAACACGCCCGCACGGCCACCGGCCUCUCGCUCGCCUACAACUUCCUCACGCCGCUCACCGACAUGACCGUGGAGAAGCCGCAGGUGCUCGCCGACGGGACGCUCGUCACCGAGGCCACGCCCACGCAGCCGCCGGCCAAUGAGCUUCCAGAGGAGGAGGAAGAGGAGGAGGAGGAGGGAGCCUCAGUGCCGUCGUCGUCGUCGUCGUCACAGAGCCUGACCAGGAAGAAGGACCAACCAGGGAAGGGUUCUAAAGUUUCCAAGGCAACUGGCAGUGCCGCUGCAAAGAGACCCUCCAAAAAGCCUGUCACCAAAAUCUCCAAAACAUCCGCUGACGGUGAUCCCCACUUUGUGGUGGAGUUUCCUCUGAGUAAGCUGACCGUGUGUUUCAACAUUAACGGAGAGCCGGGCCACGUCCUCCGCCUCGUCACAGACCACGCCCAGUCCGGCGUGACGGUUAACGGUAAGCUGAUCGGCGCACCGCCCCCUCCUGGCAGCCACAAGCAACUGCGGACGUACUUCAGCACCAUCACCAUCGUGGCGGACAAGCCCCGGCGCUCCUACAUCGAAGUGACCCCUAAGAAGGUCAUCCUCGACGGCCGAGACCGCAUGGUGCUGCCCUGCGACAAGAGCGUCUCCGUGGAGUCCGGUGACCUGGCCGUCGCCAUAGCGGCCGGCGCCAACGUCACGGUGACCAUCAGGGGCACGAUCGGAUUCGUCAUCCUGCUGCAUCGCUACAAAAACCCCGCCCCCUACCAGAGAGACCACCUGGGGUUCUACAUCGCCAACAGCAAGGGGCUCAGCAGGGACACGCACGGACUACUGGGUCAGUUCCUGAAUGAGGAGGUGGGACUGGUUGAGCUAAGCGCUUACGCCGCUAACUCCACCAUCACUGCUAACGCCACCACCGCCGCUAACGUCACCACCCAGCAGCUGACAGCAGGGGGCGCCACUCAGCCCUCUCCUCCGCCGCCGCCACGCACCGCCCUAAAGGUCAAAGGUCGCACGGUGCCGGUGGUGAAGAAGUCCCGGCGCAUCUACAGCGGCAGCCAGACGGUGGACUGCUGGUUCGCGCGCAACAACGCCGCCAAGCUAAUCGACGGCGAGUACGGAAGCUACGUGGUGUCGCACAUGUUCGACACGGGCAGCUGGCCGCACGACUCCAACGCCAACACGGACUGAGGCGCCCGGCGGCCGAGAAGGGGGCCGCUACGAGCCCAAACGUCACGCCAGAAACACGUGGACGUUACGGCGCAGAACACACACUCGGUGCCAUCGGAAACACACUGCACUGUUGACCUACUCUCUGUAUGCAGUAGGACUUCUUCUUACAGCCCAAUACAACCGCGCGCUGUUUGUACCCUUUUGCACCCCGUACCCCUAGUCACUAUUGCAUCCCCCUAUAAACAUGUGGCCCAACACAACGAGAGAUUACGGACUUAACAAUAAACAAACAACACAGCACAGCACAGCCUGACCACACUGCACUAUGCACAUACUGUAGCACAUCUUACACUACACACACACGUGCACACACACACAUUCACACACUCUCUCUCUCUCUCUUACACACACACACCCCACUCUCUAUCUCUCUCUCUCUCUCUCACACACACACACACACACGCACAUCUCCCCCCUCUCACUCCUCGUGCACUCAGGAGAGAUGUUGGCUCUUUGCCUCUUGUGGACUAAGUAACUAUUCCAUUACUCGUGAAUAUAUUUUUAUACUGCUAUUUUAAUGUUUAAUGUAAUACAAAGCCGUGUGAUUUGUUAAGCUACAUGUUGUUUUUUGUUUGCUUGUCAUUGUUUACUCACAUUUUAAGCCCUAACCAAAGAAUUUAAUAUGUACUUGGAGGUCAGAAAGAGACAUGAAUGAGAAGCCGAGUGGCACUCUAGAAUCAGGGAGAGGAAUGUGCGCCACUCUAGAACACAGCUGGGUCACAUAAAGAUGGAAUCCUCAACUGUCAGACCUGCCAAUCACUCUUUCACUAUCGAGGGGUCUCUCUUCAAAUCAUGGGAAAGGUGGCAACAAGAAACACACACACACACACAGCCAGCUCAUAAACAUGGUGAUACUGACAAACACACACACACAAUACACCGCCACCUCUAGCUGAAAAACACUACACACGUCAGAAGCACACACACACACUUUAAAACACUGCUAGCUCAUACACACAACACUGACAAAAACAAGCAAACCCACACUUUAACACACACACACACACACAUUCUUUAAUAUACUGCCAGCCCAUAAACAUGGCGACACACACCAAACCUGUUGGCUCCUCACCUCUCCUUGACUGGUUGGUCCCUGUCAUCACCGGCAGGUCACUGGGUCAAAGGUCACGCCCACUUCAGGUGUGCUCAUCUGUCUGUCAUCAUCUGAAGCCCCUCCCCCUUUUCCAUCACCAAACCCACUAGUGGCAGAGGGGGGCGGGGUUACCAGGGCAUUCCACAAGGACAGACAGGCAGGCAGGUGAUAACCUUUCAAUCCCAGUUGCAAAGUUGUAAGACACACACACGCACAGACAAUGAACUCUCUCACCUGAGCAGGUGUGUGAAUGAACUGUGUGCGAGUGUGUGUGUGUGUGCACGCGCAAUCUAAACUCAUGGCUUCUGAUUUGAACAGUCUGACCCAUUCUCUCUCUCUCUCUCUCUCACAUUUUUAAAUACAGGCUACUCCUUAGACUAAAGACUGUGGGAGAGCAUUAAACCACACCAAGACCACACUAAGUGCUAGAACCUACAGUGAUGUCAUUCGUUUGAAGACGCUGAUGGAUUUGCUGAUUUAUGCUCCGGUUUUAUAGGAAAGCAUCAGAUCAUUUUCAACACACACACACACACACACACUCUCUCUCUCUCUCCAACACACGCACACAUUUACGAAAAACAUUGCUCUAUUUUGUUUCUAUCUAGUUUUCAGAAAAUGUGCAACAUGUAGGUGAGAUGAACGGAGUGUGUUUCGAAGGUUCCGUGUGUAUCCGUGUUUAACAUUGACCAUAAAUGUUCUGUAAGAACAUCGGUACUAGAAGCUUUUCAGAGGAGCCGCUUUCCCGGACUUUCCCUGCCUUUGGUUAUUCUGAACCAAGCGUUUGAUCUGAGCAGCGGAGGCCUCUUCAAGGAGUCAUAGAGCGCCCCUCAGGCCUACUGCACCAGAGGAGUUCACGAGGAAAAACAAUUAUCAAAGUAGGAUCAGACGUAUCCAAUCUGAUGAACGAGAUCACGCACAUUGUAAAGGUGCCUGUGGGUUUGACGGUUUUAAAUAGAGGUGUCAUAGAAUACCAAUAUUUCAGUGAAUAGUCAUGUUGUCUCCAAUUAUGAUUAUAAAUCUGUGUGUGUGUGUGUGUGUGCCUACACUGUCCCCCCAUGGAGUAAACCUAACAGUUGGAGAGUUUGUGUGAUGUUCAAGAGGGCCAUAAUGUGAUUGAACGGAGUCAUGUUGCAUCCCAAAGAAGAACAGCUCCUGAUUGUGUGCUUUUCUAUGGAAAAAAAACAGACAUGUCUUUUCUUGUGUUCUGUAAUCAAAGUCUUUAUUUAGAGUAUAAAGAGUGAACUGGUAAAUAAAAUCUCCCCACAA